AUGGCCGAACAGAAAGCAUGCAACACCUUCUCAGCUAGGGACGUCCGGUACUUCCACUUCUUCGUGAGCCACUCGGCCACAAAGGAUCUCGCCGCCGGCCAGUUCGUCGAGACCAUCGUCACGUUCGUCCCGGGAUUCAAGUGCACCGCGAGGUGUUGGCCGCACUGUGUCUUGGGGAUCGAACCGGGCUGGAUCAAGCUUUCCGUCGUCGUCACUCGCACGAAUCACCCAUUGGUGAGGGCCCCCAAGGUGGUGGUAGCCCACAUAGAACUACGGACCAGGAUUGGGCUGCCGGUUCGCACGGCGAUGUGGGAGCAAGAGCUCGCUACCGGCGACUGCGUCGGAGGCGCCUCCGUGCUCGCUAGGAGGGACGAAGUCGAGAAGGAUUGUGUUGUGGAUGACCACUUCAUUGCGCUUUGCACCGUAGCCAUCCUAGACUGGCCGCCACAGGCUCUGCCGCUCCCUUCCGGUGUAGGGAACGAUAUAUUCAACAUGCCGGACCUCAUGGACGUCUCCUUCCAAGUAGAAGGUGAGACUUUCAAGGCGCACCGCCUCGUUCUCGCUGCUCGCUCGCCGGUCUUCAAAGCAGAGCUCUUUGGCGAGAUGGUCGAGAGCAGGGCGAGCUCUAUCACCAUUGAUGACAUGAGGGCACCCACCUUCAAAUUUAUGAUGGAUUACAUGUACUACAAUGUGCUGCCCCCGCUUGCUCCUGGCGAUGCCUCUGGGAUGUUGGAAUUCCAGCAUCUAUUUGUAGCUGCCGACAGGUACGCCUUGGACAAGCUAAAACAGGCAUGCGAAGAGAUAAUGUGUACCAGCAUCUCGAAAAACACGGUGGUAUCAACCUUGGAGUUUACGGAAGAGCACACAUGCCCUAAACUCAAGUCGAAGUGCCUUGGUUUCCUUGAUGUUGCUGAAAAUUUUAAGGAGGUCGGGUCAACCAAAGAGUACCUCCGCUUAAUGAACUCCUACCCGUCUUUACAAGUGGAAGUGGGGAAUUGGUUCAAGAGACGACGGAUAGUGUGA